CCACGUUAUUUCUUUCCCUUCUUCAAUCUCUCGUUCCUGCUUAUUCUCCGCCAUAGCAGGUUCUUCAAGAUGGUUGAAACACUAUUCGAAGAUAUAUUUACAGUCACUCAAAAAGAUCCGGAUGGUAAAAAGUUCGAUAGAGUUAAUCGUAUUGAAGCACGAAGUGAGCAGUUUGAUAUGUACAUGCUGUUGGAUGUGAACACUGAGAUAUAUCCUAUGCGUGUGAAAGAGAAAUUUAUGAUGGUUUUAGCAUCUACUUUGAACUUGGACGGGACGCCAGAUACUGGUUAUUUCAUUCAGGGUAACAAGAAAUCACUUGCUGACAAGUUCGAAUAUGUCAUGAAUGGGAAGCUAUAUAGGAUCUCGGAGGAAGGUUCAGGAAAGCAUGUUAAAGCAGACAUCUUUGUUUCUUUUGGAGGACUUCUGAUGCAGCUGAGGGGAGAUCCAUCCAUUGCAGCUAAAUUUGAGCUGGAUCAGAAGAUUUUCCUUCUCAUAAGGAAGGUUUGAUUUAAAGAAUUGGUAAUAAUAACUCAAUUUUAACUUGAAGGCGACAGAGCAUUUGUCAGCUAAGCUACUGGCACGUGAUAAAUUUCGCGUGGAGUUUAGUUUCAAGAAAUCGAAAGAAUGUAACUGAGAUGAUAAUAGAGACCAAGGAAUGGAGCUCUAUAUAUGUUGUUGAGGUGCGGAAACCUAAUGUGCAGUUAUGAUCUUUAUAUCUGGUGACAUAAAGGGGAGAAUAUUUUCCAACUACUAGUAUUCUGUGAUGGAAAUAUUUAGAACUCUUAUCAACUGGCAAUAUAAUUGCAGUCCAUGAAUUAGCUGUUA